AUGUCACUUACUGCAGACCCACCAUCAGGAGCCGUACCAGCGACCGGUGGUACAUUGACGCACAAUCUCGUCAAUAGUGGAGCUGAGAAGGUUGUUUUCAAAGUACGAAGUUCGAACAAUAACGAAUAUCGCGUGAAACCAGUGUUUGGAUUUGUGGAACCUAGUGGAACAACGUCGCUGGAGAUCACACGUCUGGCUGGACCAGCCAAAGAGGACAAGAUAGUGGUUCAGUUCGCUCCGUCUCCAGCUGAUGCCCCAAGUGCUUCGAGCGCUUUCAACGCAGUGCAACCGACAGGAAAUGUGACAAUCCCAAUCAGUGCUACAUAA